AUGUGUUAUGGGUUAAUGCAAGAGGUUGAUAAUUCAAUGGUUGAGGAAGUACCAUUGAGCAACCAUGGAAAUGACGAUGAUGGUGUUAUAGAGCCGAGGCCAGGGAUGUCAUUUCAAACUGAGCAUGAGCUUUUAGACUUCUAUAAGAAAUAUGGAAAACAGAUUGGAUUUGGCGUAAUGACCCAAAGAAGUAAAAGGGAAGACGAUGGGAGUGUUAGGUAUUUAACACUUGGUUGUGCUCGUAUUGGUAAGGCAAGGAACCGUACUUCGAAUGUUUCUAAACCAAGGUCGACAACGAAGACGGAUUGUAAGGCUAAGAUUAAUGCAAUCCUACUUGAUGGGGUGUUGCGUAUAACUAUCGUCGAGGCAGGUGGAUAUGAUAAUCUUCCAUUUGUAGAGAAGGAUGCACGGAAUUAUAUUGAUAAGGCCCGACACCUUAGGCUUGGUAAAGGAGGUGUUGAUGCACUCCAUGGCUAUUUUGAGAGAAUGCAGUAUAAGAAUGAUGGGUUCUAUUCCUUGAUGGAUUUAGACGACGAUGGAAGAUUAAAGAAUGUUUUUUGGGCCGAUGCAUGUAAUAGAGCAGCAUAUGGGUAUUUUGGGGAUGUUGUGACAAUUGAUACAACAUACCUAAUAAAUAGAUAUGGCAUGCCAUUCACUCCUUUCGUAGGUGUUAACCAUCAUGGACAAUCAAUACUUUUUGGAGCAUGUUUGAUUUCAAGUGAAGAUACUGAUACAUUUGUUUGGUUAUUUGAGACUUGGUUGAAAUGUAUGGAUGGGAGAGCACCAAAUGCUAUCAUUAUCGACCAAGAUAGGGCCAUGAAAAAUGCCAUAGCAAUAGUCUUCCCGAAGACCCGACACAGGUAUUGUUUAUGGCACAUCAUGCAAAAACUAUUAGAGAAGUUGGGUUCCCAUUCUAAAUAUAAUUAUGGAUUGAAGAUCGCAUUGCACAAAUGUGUUUAUGAUUGCCAAACUUCUGAAGAGUUUGAGAAGUCUUGGGAGGUGUUUCUUGAUACGUAUAAUUUGCACGAGAAUGCAUGGCUUCAAAGUCUAUAUAGUGAGAGGAUGCAUUGGGUUCCUGUAUAUCUAAAAGAUACAUUUUGGGCUGGAAUGAGCACAACUCAAAGAAGUGAGAGCAUUAAUGCAUUUUUUGAUGGUUUUGUGCAUUCGGGGACCACGUUAAAAGAGUUCGUUGAUCAGUUUGACAAUGCAUUGAGGAAGAGAGGAGAGAAUGAGAUGGCAGCGGACUUUCACUCAUUCAACUGCACAAUCCCAUGUAUAACUCAUUUACCCAUGGAGAAGCAAUUUCAAGAAUUGUAUACUAAUUCUAAAUUUAAGAAGGUAUAG